AUGUUGUCACGAGUAUUACCGGUCACACGUGUAGCGUUGACACGGGCUAGCAUUAGACUACUUACUGCACAGCCAGGUGAUGAAUUCACUCUUAAGGAAUUCGGCGAGAAAUAUCUUGGCCAUCGUAAGGCUGCAUUUACCGAGAAAUUAGAAUUCGUCGACCCAGAUACCGCUCCAGCUUUACCCAUUUAUAGAGUUAGUGAUAUGCAAGGCAACGUCAUCGACAGUUCAUGUGAUCCUAAUCUCGAUAAGGAAAUGUGUUUGAAAAUUUAUCGCGACAUGACUCAGUUGAGCAUUAUGGAUCGUAUUUUGUAUGACUCUCAACGUCAAGGUCGUAUCUCGUUCUAUAUGACUAAUUUUGGAGAAGAGGCAUCUCAUGUUGGUUCAGCUGCAGCGCUCAAGUUUGAAGAUCUCAUUUACGGUCAAUAUCGUGAGGUAGGCGUACUAAUGUGGAGGAACUUCCCGCUAGAAAACUUCAUGCAUCAGUGUUAUGGAAACUCUAAGGAUAUAGGGAAGGGACGCCAAAUGCCGGUUCAUUAUGGCUCCGUAGAACAUAACUUCGUGACGAUAUCUAGUCCGCUCUCUACUCAAAUACCCCAGGCUGUCGGGACCGCAUAUGCAUUCAAACGUAAGCCGAACAAUGAUCGUAUUGUUAUGGUUUAUUUUGGUGACGGUGCUGCAUCAGAAGGUGAUGCACAUGCGGCGUUCAACUUCGCUGCGACAUUGGUAAAAACUGCCGUUGUUGUAUUUAUUGAAAGUUGGAUCUGA